UCCUGCGUCCCAGCUCGCUCCUCUCUGUAACUGUAUAUUAUGGUGCUAUUCUCCAGCCCUAGCUGAUGAAAGUUUGUCUCUUUCAGUCUGGGCUAAGAUGUCAAAGCGUCUCCAUGCAGAGCAGCGGCGUUUCCCACCUCCUCACCCCCCAGCCCAGAGAUUCAUGCUGCUGCUGAGCCUAAGCUGGCUCUUUAUAGCAUCGUCCAGGGCUCAAGGAGAGAAUGCGGACAGUAAAUUGGAAUCCUCGAGGCAACAGAUGUCAAAGAACCAGUCAGAACAUUAUGAGAUAAUAAUUCCCUACAUUUUGAAUGGAGAACAAUGGAAACCAAUAAAUAGCAUUGAUUCAAAGAGUCACCCAGCACUGAUGAAGUUUCUAAUACAAACUGAAAGUAAGCGACUAGUCAUCAGUCUGGAGAGAAAUGAAGGCCUCUUAGCUGAUAGCUUCACAGAAACACACUAUAUGAAAGAUGGCACUGAUGUCAUUCUCACACGCAAUUACACGGGUCACUGCUAUUACCAUGGUACUGUGCAAGGAUAUCCUGAUUCUGAAGUCAUUCUCAGUACCUGCUUUGGACUCAGGGGACUUAUUUUAUUUGAAAAUAAAACCUACAUUCUGGAGCCAUUGGAAAAUGCUACAAGUGAACACAAGAUCUACCAAGCCGAGAACCUGAAAAUAGCCUCUGGAUCUUGUGGCAACCAGUUCAACGUCUCUGGCAUCACUAUUGAUGACACACCACUGUCUUCUCAAGCAUUCACUAUGAGGCACAAGAGGGAGACUCUGAAGAUAACAAAAUAUGUGGAGCUUGUUAUUGUUGCAGAUAAUCGAGAGUUUCAGAGACAGGGGAAGGACGUGGAAAAAGUUAAGCAGAGGCUGAUAGAAAUUGCAAACUAUGUCGAUAAGUUCUACAGGCCAUUAAAUAUUCGAGUAGCCCUGGUUGGAGUGGAGGUGUGGAAUGACAUGGAUAAGUGCUCUAUAACACAGGACCCCUUCACCAGCCUCCAUGAGUUUCUGGAUUGGAGAAAGCUGAAACUACUACCUCGUAAACCCCAUGACAAUGCACAACUAGUGAGUGGGAUAUACUUCCAAGGGACUACCAUUGGCAUGGCACCUAUAAUGAGCAUGUGCACUGCAGAGCAGUCUGGAGGAGUUGUUAUGGAUCAUUCAGACAGCCCUCUUGGUGCAGCAGUAACCCUGGCUCAUGAGCUGGGCCACAACUUUGGGAUGAAUCAUGAUACCCUGGAGAGGGGCUGUACCUGCAAAGCAUCUACUGAUAAAGGUGGCUGUAUCAUGAACCCCUCUACUGGCUAUCCAUUUCCCAUGGUGUUCAGCAGCUGCAGUAAAAAGGACCUGGAAAACAGCCUGGAAAAAGGAAUGGGGAUGUGUCUCUUUAACCUGCCUGAAGUUAAGGAAUCAUUUGGUGGACAGAAGUGUGGGAAUGGCUAUGUGGAAGAUGGAGAGGAGUGUGACUGUGGGGAACCUGACGAAUGUACAAAUCGUUGCUGUAAUGCUACUACCUGCACUUUGAAAGCAGAAGCAGUGUGCGCCCAUGGACUUUGCUGUAAAGACUGCAAGCUGAAGCCAGCGGGAAUUUCUUGCAGAGACUCAAGUAAUUCCUGUGAUCUUCCGGAGUUCUGCACUGGAGCUAAUCCUCACUGCCCAGCUAAUGUAUAUUUACACGAUGGACAUCCAUGCUACAGAGUAGAUGGGUAUUGUUAUAAUGGCAUAUGUCAGACUCAUGAACAACAAUGUGUCACACUCUGGGGACAAGGUGCUAAACCCGCCCCUGGGAUCUGCUUUGAGAGAGUCAAUUCUGCAGGUGAUCCUUAUGGCAACUGUGGCAAAGACGCCAAAAGUUCCUUUGCUAAAUGUGAACCCAGAGAUGCUAAAUGUGGAAAAAUUCAGUGUCAAGGGGGAGCAAAUCGACCUGUAAUUGGUACCAAUGCUGUUUCCAUAGAAACAAAUAUCCCGCUGCAGGAAGGAGGCAAGAUUCUGUGUCGUGGUACCCAUGUGUACUUGGGAGAUGAUAUGCCUGAUCCUGGUCUCGUUUUGGCAGGCACAAAAUGUGAAGAUGAAAAAAUCUGUCUUAACCGCCGGUGCCAAAAUACAAGUAUAUUUGGUGUUCAUGAAUGUGCAACAAAAUGCCAUGGACGCGGAGUCUGUAACAAUAAAAAAAAUUGUCACUGUGAAGCUAACUGGGCCCCUCCCCAUUGUGAUAAGCCAGGGUUUGGCGGCAGCAUGGACAGUGGACCAACCAGACAAGCAGAUAGUAGAAGUUUAACCAUAGGAAUACUCGUAACCAUUCUGUGUCUUAUUGUUGCUGGUUUAAUCAUCUAUCUCAAAAGGAAGACUUUGAUUAGACUGCUAUUUACAAAUAAAAAGACAACAAUAGAGAAACUAAGGUCUGUGAGUCCAGCAAGGCCUUCCAGUUCAUUUGAGCCUAAUCAUGUUCAUACCACAACUCUCAGUAAAAAUCUAGUCAUAAAGCCACAAAAUUUAAACAUACAUCAGAGAGAUGGUCCGAGAAGACUGCUACCAUAUCAGACUAUUGACAACACUAACCCUGUAAAGACAUCUGAUUUACAGCGGUCAAAAACACCACAGCGAGUCCUACCACCCCUUCAUCAGCUACCCUGUCAUCAAGCUGUACCUGCACGGCCACUGCCAGCUAACCCAUCUCUUAGGCUUGCUCAGGAAACUCUGAAACCAAACCCUCCUCAAAAGCCUUUACCAGCAAAUCCUCUGAACAAAACUGCUCGGUUUAACAAUGCCUCCAGCCCAAUACUUGGACAUCAGAAACUUGUGCCUUACAUUACUCCUGUAAGAUCUGCACUUGAACAUCCACAAGUACCCAGAUCCAGCAACACUGCCUAUGUGAAAUGACAAGAAAAUCUGACACCAUUCCGAAAAAAGUGAAGACAGAAGUUUGCACUAUCUUUAAACUCCAACUAGAGUGGGUUUAAAAAAAAAUAACAAUACUUAGAAUUUUUAAAGUUUAAAACACCAUUAUUUUUAAGAACUCUGAGCUACUUCUUUUGGUGCUGUGCUGUGCUAUGGUGCUCACGUACUUGCUCAGGUACUUGUAAAUUAUUAAUUUAUGAUGAAUAUUUAUUACAGUGCAGUGCACUGUAGUAGAUAUUUUUUUACCAUAGCUGAGUUUUCCUAGGAAGGAAGCCUUUUUUAUAAUAUUUUAGUGAACUUGAAACAUUCUGCUUUGUAUCUUAUGUAGAGUGUUUAGUUUUGAUCUGUUCUUUAUAGAGUACUGAUACUCAUGGAUAAAUCAGUGGAUAAACAACUCUAGUGAUCUCAGUGGUUUAUAACAAACCUGUGAAUGAUUACAUCAGCGUGAGCCAUGUUUUCUGGAAUACAGUGAAAUGCCCAAUAUCUGCACACAAAUGUAUACCAUAUCUGUUUAACCAAAAUAACUGUUACUAAUUGUACUGUAAUUUCAAGAUGCCUGGUAUCACUGUUUGAAAUUGUCAGGAAAUCUGUGCUUAACCAAAAUAACUGUUACUAGUUGUACUGUAAUUUCAAGGUGCCUGGUAUCACUGUUUGAAAUUGUCAGGAAAUCUGUGCUUAAAGAGAGCAUAUUGGUUUUGGACAAAUACUGUAUAUCAUAAAAUUGUAUUUUUAGCUCACGGUUUUAUCAAACACAACACAAUCGUUCCGUAUCAAUGCAGAUUCAGGCCUUCCAAUGUAAUCACAUUUUUUGAUGCUUUGGUAAUUAGAUAAAUUCAAUAUCAUAUAAGAUCUUACUAUGCAAUAUAGCUAUACAGUCAAAUACUUUGAAAACAUUAAGAUGCUAUAUUUACAAAUAAUUGUUUUAAAAAUAGAUUAUAUGCAUUUCUGCUGCCUCACUUCUGCUUAUCAACUGUAUUUUACAUAUUUACUGCUGUUUUGUAUCUAGCUUCUAAAAUGUUAUUCUGUCUCUUAUGGAUUUUUCCCAAAAGACUCAUACUCCUGUGAAUGAAGCGUUAAAAAGAUGUACUUUAGUAUAAAGAUAUGUGAGGUAUCAGAAAUCAGAGAGGAUCUUCGUAUCUCUUGAGCUGUUAUUACAGGAUCAGAUCCCGAGUUAACACCCAUGCUGACAAAACAGUUACAAGGAUCAUAGAUGGGUUAAAACUAAUCUGAACCAUAACCGUUAAACCUUGGUACUUUAAGAUUGACUUUCAUAUGAUCUUGCUUUUGCUUAUAUGACCUACAGUGAGAUGAUGCAUCAUCACUAAUCAGACAACUCUUGCUAUCCCAGGAUUCAUUUUAAGUCUGCAUGAGAAAUCUCUGAAAAAUACCUUUAACCAACUUGUAAACUAAAAAUUUACAACUACUUAAAACAGCUGACUAAACAGGGGGAUAUAUGUCAACGGUUAUUAAACACUUAAACUUCUUAAAGCAAAACAGCUCAAGCACAUGUAAUGAUUUUGAGAUUAAUUUUAUAGUUAAAGGCUAUGAUACAAGUAUGUGACAAAGUAUGACCUACUUGAGACUUGGUGAUUCAUGUCCUGAUUGGGAAAUGCCAGAGAGAUCUGGACCCUUUGAAAGCAUUCCCUCAUUCUAGAGAGGUAAAAAAACUUAAUGCUUUGUUGUUUCUGUUACUGGUAAACAACAUUCUCAUAGAACCUGGGGAAGAGCAUGUACAUGGGCUCCCCACAGAACAAUGCAUAAAGGUGCAUUAUGUUAGUGCAUGGGACUGGAAGUACAAAUGACCAUCAACAAACCAGUGAAAAUUACUAAAUAUGCAAAGUACAAAAACUGUAUAAAACAGAGACAGACAUGGGGUUUUAGUAAUCAUAGGUGUUGUUUUUAUAUAGAUACAAGUUUUCAUAUACAAGUCUGAUUUUUCCACCUACAUGUCUUCUUUUAAAUGCCUAGUUACAUGGCUGCUGUACAUGGCUUUUUUCCUGGCAGGUACUUUUUUUUAGCAUCAGUUCUGUUUGAUUCUGAUUAUUUGAAAAUGCAACGUUAUUCCACUAUUUGCUAAUGCUCAAUAAAUUUUACUAGUUAUAGUUUGUUUUUAGACAUUUACAAUAAAGUUGAAGGAUGAUUCAUUCGUUAAUUAUCUUUUAGUACACUAGGAAAUUUACUUUUGUAAACUCAUUAGUGCCAAAACUCAUUCUACAUACAGAUUAUCCCUUCUGAACAGCAACUAAAUAAAUCUAUCCACAAGAGAUUAUGCCCCUAUGGAUCAUCAUCACAUUUCGCAAAAUAUAGUUAAAUAUGAAUUUAGCUAACAGAAAAAGAAAUAAAAUACUAAUCUACUACACAUUUAAGAGAGCGUGGGGUCUAAUGGUUUAAAUAUGGGAGUAGGAAUUGGGAGAUCCUGAAUUUUCAUCCUUCUCUUGAUACAGAUUUCUCUUUUUGAUCUUGCACAGUUACUUAACCUCUCUGCAUCAGUUUUCCCAACCUGUGAAAUGGAUAUAGUAACACUUAAUUACCCAAUUCAUAGGAUGGUUUUGAAGCUUACUUAGUUAUUAGUUACAAAGCACUUUAAAAACUAUUGAAGUGCUACACGUUAUCUUAAAUCAUCUCAUAAACUUUCGUCUCGCUGUCAAAUUCCUGCUUUCGCGUACUCUCUUCUGCUUGGUGUUUGCUUCUCCAACAUACCAAUAUGCCUUUUCAAUAUACAUUCACAUCUACUUCAAACCAACACAAGACUUUUGUAUGUAUUAAUUUAUGUUUUUAAACAAAGCAUUAAAAAGUGUGACCAGUGACUAAACAAUCAUUAACAGAGCAGUCACAGAAAAAUAUUUUUAAAAGCACUUUAAGGCAGGAUAUAUAAAAAUACAAGGCAUGUUUUCACUAGGUUAGACUCGGGGGGAAAAAAGGGUGCUAUUCUAAAAAAAAAUGUAGCAACUGAUACGUAAUUUUAACUGUUUAAACUGCAGACCAUUUAGCACAGUAUGAUCUGAGAUUAAAGCUACAUAAACCAGCACAUUUCUUUUUAUGAACCAUUCAUUUACAAUACUUCAGUUAAACUUAAAUGUGCUUAACUUUUUCACACACUUAGCUAUAUAACAGUUUGUGUUACUUUUGUACACAUUUCUUAUAGAAUUUGUUAUUUUAAGGUAUUACAAGUGAACACAAUGUAAUGCUGCAAUAGCAGGACACUAUUCAUUGUUAAGAAUACUAUAUUCAAUAAACAGUAAACAAUU